AUGAAACCUCAGCAUUAUCGGUGUCAAUUCCCAAAUCAAAGGCGAAAGGGAUUAAAACAAAAAGACCCUGCACAUUUUGUAAUAAAGAUCAGUGUCAGGUUUACUCAACAAAGGACGAAACGUUUGAAGGAAUUAAAGGCCCGUUUGAACUGUUUUGAUAAUAGUCACAAGACGACGGAUUGUAAAAGCAGAAAACGCCCUCACAACACAGCACUAUGCGAAGAGAAGUAUCAAGGGCAUGACGAAUCAAAUAAAGAAGAAGCCAAGUCCGUGAACGUCAAUAUUACAAACAAAAACCAAACGGAUCAAAGGGAAAAAGAAGUUUUACUUCUAUGCAGAAAAGUCAAUGUUAUCAAUCCAGUUAAUCAGGAGAUUCAAAGCGAAGCUAUAGUACUCUUCGAUACUGGUGCGCAAACAUCGUUUGUCUCAAAAAAAUUAGCGCAAAAAUUGAAAUUAGAGGUUGGUGAAAGUGGAGUCAUGAGGAAUUGCCUCAUUCAGCAACAAAUACUUAACUUCGUCUCCGUACUAUACAACGACCAUAUUCCUCAAAGUGAAGGUGAUAGAAUAUUUAACCAACUCACUGUCGGUAAUUCCAUUAGACCAACUGGACAUACCAAAUGCGUAGAACGCCCCGAUAUACUCAUCGGAGCUGACUACUUCUCUCAGUUCAUCCCAUUUAAACAAUGCCAAGUUAUAAGAUCAGGAUUUUCCUUGAUAAAUACU